UGUCACACAAUGGCGACCACCAUGCGCCUGUGCAAUGGCCUUUUUCUACGCACUUUUGUAGCUGUGUCUUGUUGAUGGAAAUUUCCGUUCAUAAUAGUUUCUGAAUUAUAAGUCAUAUAUUCACUCGUUUCCGUCAUUGCCAAACGGAAUUAUAGAAUUGUUACAGCAAAUAUCGAACUGUCAAGAGCACUGGACGUCUUUCCCUUGUGCUAUUUUUUGAAGUUGAUCAACUUUUGAAGUUAUUAUUUUUCGUUGAUAUGGAGUUCCACGGUGGUGGGUCUGGUGGGGUCGUGGUCAGUGGCAGUAACGUACCUGCUUUUCUUACGAAACUUUGGACUCUUAUUGAGGAUCCGGACACCGAUCCUCUGAUCUGCUGGAGCCCAAAUGGCAACAGCUUCCAUGUGUUUGAUCAGGGCCAAUUCUCCAAGGACGUGCUUCCCAAGUAUUUCAAACACAAUAACAUGACCAGCUUUGUACGCCAGCUCAAUAUGUACGGCUUCCGCAAAGUAGUCCACAUUGAGCAGGGCGGUCUGGUGAAGCCUGAGAAGGACGACAUGGAAUUCCAGCAUCCCUACUUCAUCCGCGGACAGGAGCCUCUACUUGAAAAUAUAAAACGGAAAGUUACCAAUGUGUCCAAUGUUAAACAUGAAGACCUCAAGAUGAGCUCAGACGAUGUCUCGAAAAUCCUGACCAACGUGCAGAACAUAAAAGGCAAGCAGGAGACCAUAGACUCCCAAAUCAUCGCCAUGAAGCAUGAGAAUGAAACUCUGUGGAGAGAGGUGGCCAGCCUCCGACAGAAACACGUCCAGCAACAGAAAGUCGUCAACAAGCUCAUCCAGUUCCUAGUGACCCUGGUGCAGUCCAACAGAGUCCUGGGGAUGAAGAGAAAAAUUCCCCUGAUGCUGAACGACAGCAGCUCCGCCCACUCCAUGCCCAAGUACAGCAGGCAGUACUCUCUGGAACACCUUCAGGCCUCGUCCUCUAUCUCUCCCUCGGGCUCCCCAUUCACCAGUACAGGUCUCUUCACGGCGGAGUCGUCACUUAACAACGGCCCCAUUAUCUCAGAUGUCACUGACCUGGCUCAGGCCAGCCAUGUGGAGGUCACCAAUGAGUGGAUGGAGGAAAGCACGAGCCCAUUGGUCCACAUAAAGGAGGAGCCGUCCAGUCACAUGUUGGAGGAGGUGUGUCCUGCUGAGGUUGUGAUCGGGGGGGCAGGGAUCCAGGUUGACACGCCUCUGUCCCCCAUCAACUUCAUCAACUCCAUCCUGCAGGAGAGCAACGAGCCUAAUGCGGCCCCCGCCCCCACGACCCCUACGGAGCAGAAGUGUCUCAGCCUUGCCUGUCUAGACAAUUCUACACAGAAGUCAGAGGUCUCCCGCCUCUUCCCCUGCCCCUCCUCGUCUCUACACCUCAGACCUAUCCCAGGGAGUGAGCUCAGUGACCAUUUGGACAACAUCGACAAUGGCCUGGAAAACCUCCAGACUAUCCUGAAUGCACAGUCCAUCAAUUUUGAGUCCUCACCCUUCUUUGAAUUCUUCAGUUCUUCCCUCCCUGGCUCUGAAUUCGACCUGGAGAGCCUUGACAGUAUCCAGGACUUGCUUUCAUCAGAUCCACCUAAAGGGGCUGAGAGAAGUGACAACUACACCGCAGGGAAGCAGCUUGUCCAGUACACCAACCAGCCAAUGCUACUGACUGACCCAUUGACCAAUGAGAACGGGGGGGCGGACCUCCCCACUCUGCUGGAGGGGGACUUGUAUUUCAGCCAGGACCCUGAAGAGGAACCUACCAUCUCACUCACCUCUGACAUAGCAGCACCAGAUAAGCCCAAAUUAUCCUGAAGAAACGUUAUAAAAAGGGAUGUACUAGUAUGUUUAAUUUUAUUUUGUCGUGUUCAUGUGCAGAUAAUGACAAAUCAACCCGGUUGACUCCAAAUGAUGGUUUUUCACUAUUCUGAGCUAUUGAGCUUCAUUCAGUUCAAGUCUUAAACUUCCUAGUGAAAGAAUUUUGCUUUAGAUUAAUCGAAACAGAAGUUCGAUUUAAAUUACUGCAAUGGUUUGUUCAGCUCUUGGAAAUGACUUCCAGGGUUGAAUUAUCUGUGGUCUUAUUGGCGGGCCUUAAAAUAAAACUCCCUAAAAGCUUCAUCAUUACCAGGUCAAGUUAAGCAUUGAUCACCAAGUUCCUUUAAUGAAUAAAAGUGGAAGUAUUCAGAAUAAUUGUUGUAACACAGUGCAUAGAUCCAGUACAUUACUGUUUCUAGGGAAAAAACACUUAAUCUUUUUGUUUAAAUUUUUUUCUGGGGAGGGGGGGGUUAUUUUCUUUUACCUAUUGAUAUAAUGGUAGUACCUUUAUAAUUUUAAGUGUUUUUAAAUAUUUGUACUGCACCAUUAUCUUGAUUUAUUUUUCACAUUAGAUGCAGAAAGUGUUUUCUUUGACAUGUUUUCAUUGCAUAAUUCAUAAUGGAAUGCUGUUGGUAUUUCAGCACCUUUAAAGUUAUUGAUGUUUUAAUGAUAGAAUCCUUUAGUUGCUACAUCUAAGCAUUCUAGAGGAAUGUAACUUAGAAAUGCCUCAUGAGCUUAGUUCAACUGCCGUUCCCCAUCAGAACCCCAAAUUCAAAUAUUGUUUUGUUUGUAAACAAUGUAUACUGAACCAAAAUAUAAAUGCAACCGUUUCAAAGAUUUUAUUGGUUACAGUUCAUAUAAGGGAGCCACUCAAUUGGAAUUAAUUAGGCCUUAAUCUAAGGAUUUCACAUGACUGGGCAGGGGUGUAGCCAUGAAUGGGCCUUGGAACGUGUAGAGGCCCACCAGAAUAAGUUUUUCCCCCAAAAGGGCUUUAUUAGACAGAAAUACUCCUCAGUUUCAUCGGCUGUCUGGGGGACUGGUCUCAGACAAGAAGCCAGACGUGGAGGUCCUGGGCUAGCCUGGUUACACGUGGUCUGAUUUAGUGAGGCCGGUUGGAUGUACUGCCAAAUUCUCUAAAAUUACUUUGGAGGUGGCUUAUGGUACAGAAAUGAACAUUAAAUUAUCUUGCAAAAGCUCUGGUGGACAUUCUUGCAUUCAGCAUGCCAAUUGCAGACUCCCUUAAAACUUGAUACACUUGUGGCAUUGUGUUGUGACAAAACUGCCCAUGUUAAAGUGGCAUUUUAUCACCAGCACAAGUUGGACAUGUAUAAUGUUCAUGCUGUUUAAGCAGCUUCUUGAUAUUCAACACCUGUCAGGUGGAUGGAAUAUCUUGGCAAUGGAGAAAUACAGGGAUGUAAACCAAUUUGUGCAGAAAAUGAGAAAAAUAAGCUUUUUGUGUAUAUGGAACAUUUCUGGGAAAUGUAAUCUCAUUCAACAUGGGACCAACUCUUUACAUAUUGUGUUUAUAUUGUUGUUCAGUGUAAAUGUAAACAAACACUAUAUAGCCUCAAAACAUGGUUGGGUUGUGUUUCGGGGGAUGCAUGGCUCUCGACCUUCGACUCCCGAGUCCGUACGGGAGUCACAGCAAUGAGACUGUAAUUACCAAUUGGAUACCACGAAAUUGGGGGGAAUAAUUUAAUUGGGAUCUCUAAUUGGGGUCCUUGCAUCUUCAGCUCUAUGAAGUUGAGAGGUUACAUUUCUCUAGGCCUAUACCUCAGCAUUUUACCAAUACAGAAUCUGGGGGGGGGCUUGUUUUGAUUAAGGACUCUAGCUUUAAAGUGUAUAUACACCCACUGGCCAGUUUUAGGUACAUCCAUCUAAUACCUGGGUUGGACCAUGCGAGCCCCAACAGCACACCUGAUUCAACUUGCCAACUAACCAUCAAGUCCUCUGUGUUGAAUCAGGUGAGAUUCUCUGGAGCAAACGUGUGCUGUUGGUGGUACUGGAGUUGGGGAACACUGUUCUAGUGCAGGGAAUCAGCAGUGCAGUUCUAGGGCAAAUACCAAAACGGGGGGGGGGUCAGGAAUGCGUUUGAACCCUCUUUUAGUGGAUAACCCUUUUGUUCACAGCAAGUAUUCAUGUCUUGAAAUCAAAUCCAUCGAAUUAAGACUGGCUCGAAUUAAGACUGCUUUUAGGAUGCUUUCUGUCUAUGACAAGAGACGGACAUAAUAUCCCCGAGUGAAUUAUUUGCGAGCCAGCACAUCCCAUUAUGAGUUGCUUUUUGGAAAAUAGUUGAACUUAAAGCAGGAUUACAUGUUUAUCCUCCCUCAAUGUCUACUCAGUCGUAUGGUCCUCAUUUGGAAGCCUGUUUCCUUCAGGCUUUCUUCUUUUUUUUUGUCAAAUCCUUUUCUAGGAAAACAAUUAAAUCUUGGUUCAAGUGUGAGGAACUUUGUGAAAUGUUACUUUUACUGCCCCCGGAGGUCAUUGAGUUUGUUCAAACUAGUUUUUUUUUUUUUAUUAAUGGCCAUUGAGACGGAGAAGGGGGAAUUAUUGGAGUGUAUUGAUGUGCGGAAUUUUGUGUUAAGAACUUUUACCAAUUUUACCGUAGCACAAUGUCACAGCCGGAGAAUCCCAAAUUACGCAUGAGAACAAUAUUUUGUAUAUGGUAUGUUUCAAAUAAAAUAAAUGAGUUGUACAUUAUCUGCUGCAUUUAAGGUGAUAUUGUAGUUGCAAUUGAUUGAGUAAUCUGUUGAACAGGCAAUUGGAGAACAAACAGUGCUCCCCCUUCAGAACAUGAAAAAUAUGGAGACAGUUUAAUGGUCAAAAAUAGAUGUUACUUUUAAUGUAGAGUUUACUUUCAAGUAACAUACAUUUAGCAAUGUACCGUUUCUGACAGUGGAGAUGAAUAUUUCUCACAUUUUCUAUAAUCGGAAGUACAGUACUUGCUGAAAUUCCAAAAUAACAAACCUUCAUAAAGAUUGAGUAUAUUGUUUGAGCUUUUGUACAAUUUUCACAGGGAUUAAAACACUGAUGAUCCGUAUUCAUCUGAAUCAGUU